UGUAAACAACCAUCACCCUUAUCCUCAUAAAACAGCCUCCAUGGAACACUCCAAUAUUCUUGUGACAUUAGUCUUCUUCAUUUGUCUCUCCACAUCUUGCAAUGGUUCUUCUUUCAACCCAUGUUCGUCCCCCGGUUCGGAUCUAUCCGUCAUCCCCAUGUUCGGCAAAUGCUCACCAUUCGACUCGCCCAAACCCGCUACAUCAUGGGUUGACGCCGUCUUUAACAUGGCCUCAAACGACCCGAAACGAAUUUCAUAUUUGGCAAACCUAGUCGCACCAAAACCCACCCCCGCCCCUAUCGCCUCGGGCCAGGUCAUAAACGCGGGCAACUACGUUGUCCGGGUCAAGAUUGGGACUCCGGGCCAGCUCUUCUUCAUGGUGUUGGACACUAGCAACGACGCUGCAUGGAUUCCAUGCAGCGGUUGCACCGGGUGCUCGUCUGCUGUCUUCGCCUCCAACUCCUCCACCACUUACGCCUCACUGGACUGCUCUGUACCAGAAUGUACCCAAGUCAGCGGGGUCUCGUGCCCGACAGUUGGUUCCGGUUCAUGCCUCUUUAACAGGUCCUACGGUGCCGGAUCGACCUUCUCGGCCACGCUAUCCCGUGACACCCUCACUUUAGGCAACACCGUCAUCCCAAACUAUGCUUUCGGGUGUGUCAACACCAUUUCGGGCGGGUCGAUCCCGCCCCAAGGGUUAUUGGGCUUGGGCCGUGGACCAAUGUCAUUACUUUCUCAAACCGGGGCGGUCUAUUCAGGUGUAUUCUCAUAUUGUCUCCCUAGCUUCAAGUCGUACUACUUCUCGGGCUCACUCAAACUCGGACCCGCGGGCCAACCCAAGAACAUCCGAACCACCCCGCUCUUGAAGAACCCACACCGCCCAUCGCUAUACUACGUGAACCUCACCGGAGUCAGUGUGGGCCGGGUCAAUAUUCCAAUAGCACCAGAGCUACUAGCAUUCGACCCAAGCACUGGGUCGGGUACCAUUAUAGAUUCGGGCACUGUUAUAACCCGGUUCGUCCAACCCAUAUACAUAAGUAUUCGGGAUGAAUUUAGGAAGCAAAUAACAGGGGCGAUAAGCUCGUUGGGAGCGUUCGACACUUGCUUUGCAGCGACGAAUGAAGAGAUAGCGCCAACUGUUACGUUUCAUUUUACGGGGCUGGAUUUAAAGCUUCCGAUGGAGAAUGUGUUGAUCCAUAGCAGCUCGGGGUCGUUGGCGUGCUUGGCGAUGGCAGCGGCGCCGAACAAUGUGAACUCAGUGCUCAAUGUGAUAGCCAAUUUGCAGCAGCAGAAUCUAAGGAUUUUGUUCGACACUGUCAAUUCUCGCCUUGGAGUUGCCCGUGAGCUCUGUAAUUAGCCUCUGCUUUUUUUCAAUAUGUGGCAACAGAACUUGAUCUGAAAUGUAAACGCUGUUGCUGCAUCAUCUCAAUCUCUCUCUUCAUCUUCAUAUUUAAACUUGGGAUAAUAAUGGAUUUUCUCCAAA